GUAUAAAGAGAAAAGCAGCCAUGGAGAAUACCACAGAAGCCCCUUCAGAUGAUAACCAACCUGAAAAAUUUGGUGUGCCAGAUAUCAUUGUGGUUGUUGUGUACUUUGUCUUUGUUCUUGGAGUUGGAAUAUGGUCUUCAAUCCGUGCAAGUCGUGGCACAGUGGGUGGAUAUUUUCUUGCCGGAAGAAGCAUGACUUGGUGGCCUAUUGGAGCAUCUCUGAUGUCUAGUAAUGUCGGCAGUGGGCUGUUUAUUGGGUUGGCAGGUUCUGCUGCAGCAGGAGGACUGGCAGUUGGAGGCUUUGAAUGGAAUGCAUCAUGGGUACUGGUUGCUCUUGGAUGGAUCUUUGUACCAGUUUAUAUUGCUUCUGGAGUGGUUACCAUGCCAGAGUACCUGAAGAAACGUUUUGGAGGAAAAAGGAUACGUAUUUACAUAUCUGUGCUUUCCCUUAUUCUCUAUAUAUUCACCAAGAUAUCGACAGAUAUUUACUCUGGCGCUCUCUUCAUUCAAGUAUCUUUGGGUUGGAACAUUUACUUAUCCACUGUGAUAUUACUGGCAGUAACAGCAAUUUACACAAUAGCUGGUGGGCUGACUGCAGUGAUUUAUACAGACACCUUACAGACUGUCAUCAUGGUGGCUGGUGCCUUUGUGCUCAUGUUCAUAUCUUUUGAGAAGAUUGGUUGGUACCCUGGACUUGAACAAAAGUACAUGGAAGCAAUACCAAAGAUCACUGUUGCAAACACAACAUGCCAUCUACCACGUGCAGAUGCCUUUCACAUAUUUCGAGAUCCUCUCACAGGAGACCUCCCUUGGCCCGGCCUCAUAUUUGGUUUGACUGUGCUGGCCACAUGGGUCUGGUGCACUGAUCAGGUUAUAGUCCAGAGAUCCCUUGCAGCAAAGAACCUGUCCCAUGCUAAAGGAGGUUCAGUACUUGGGGGUUACUUGAAAAUAUUGCCCAUGUUUUUUGUAGUGCUGCCAGGGAUGAUCAGCAAGGCUUUAUUUCCUGAUGAAGUGGGAUGUGUUGAUCCAGCUGAAUGUCUCAAGUAUUGUGGUGUUGAAGUGAGCUGUAGCAAUAUUGCAUAUCCCAAGUUGGUAAUCACGCUCCUGCCUGUUGGUCUGAAAGGAUUAAUGAUUGCUGUAAUUAUGGCAGCUCUUAUGAGUUCUCUCACAUCUAUAUUUAAUAGUGCCAGCACAAUCUUCACGCUUGAUGUAUGGUUACGUAUACGACGGAAUGCCAAGGAACAGGAGCUCAUGAUUGUUGGCAGGGUUUUUAUUCUCAUUCUUGUAGUUAUAAGCAUCCUUUGGAUUCCCAUCAUUCAAGCAGCCAACAGUGGACUUCUAUUUGAUUACAUGCAGUCUGUGACCAGUUAUCUAUCUCCACCAAUCACUGCCAUUUUUAUUUUGGCUAUUUUUAUCAAGCGAGUCAAUGAGCCAGGUGCAUUCUGGGGCCUGAUAAUUGGAUUGCUGGUGGGACUGACCCGUAUGAUAAUGGAUUUUGUUUACCAGGCCCCUUCCUGUGGCGAAGAAGACCUACGCCCUUCUGUGCUUAAAGAUGUUCAUUAUUUAUAUUUUGCAAUUUUUCUGUUUGGAUUGACAGCCAUUGUUUGUGUUGUGAUCAGCCUUUGUACUCCAGCCAUUCCUGAACAGGAUCUUGCUCGUAUGACUUGGUGGACAAGGAACAGCCCUAUAUACAAAGAAGAUUUGGAAAAUGAUUUACAACAGGAACCUGACCCUGCUGAAAUACCUACUAUAAUACCAGUUAUAGAAAAAGAGCCAGCAGGACCAUCUAUUCCAGCUGUAGAAGUUCUCCAAAAUAGCUCUGUUGUAGAAGACCAGAAAGAAAAACAUGAAGUUGCUAAGUUUUCCUGGUGGAAGAAGUUAUAUUUCUGGUUUUGUGGAAUAUCCAUCCACCCAGAAGUCAAACUGUCAAGUGAAGAGCAGAAGAGAUUGCAGAGGAAGCUAACCAGCAUUGAAGAAAAGCCUUUAUGGAGAUAUAUUUGUGAUAUAAAUGCAUUAAUACUCCUGGCUAUCAAUGUCUUUCUGUGGGGUUAUUUUGGGUAAACUUAGGAAACAAUUAUUUUACCUCAGUGUUCUCUCAAAGAAUUAAAUGCAAUGGUAUUGGGAUAAGAUGAAUUGAAAGGAGAGAAUGGACAAACAGACAGGUCAAUUCAUAGUUCAUGCCUGGGAAUUUACUAUAUUUGUCAUGGUUAUGGCAGUUCCACUCUCAUUGCAGUUUGUGGUCCAGCUAAUAUCCCCUGCAUGAAUUUAGCACAUAAAGAGAUACCUUAGCUGACUUUUCCCUAGUUAGAGAUGGUAUGCAGCAGAGUUGGU